AUGUUAAUAGGUGGUGGUAAAUCUUUAUGUUAUCAAUUACCAGCAGUUCUUGAUCAAGGAAUAACAUUUGUUGUAUCUCCACUUCGUUCAUUAAUUCUUGAUCAAACUCAAAAACUUUUAUCAUUAGGUAUUCCAUGUGCUUCAUUAACUGGUGAUCGAACACCAGCUGAAGUAUCAUCAAUAUAUACUAAAUGUUAUGCGCCAGAACCUAAACUUAAACUUGUUUAUAUAACACCAGAAAAAAUUGGACAAAAUGAUCAAUUAAAUAAAUUAUUUACACAUUUAUAUUCGAAAAAUAAUUUAGCUCGAUUUGUUAUUGAUGAAGCACAUUGUAUUUCUGAUUGGGGUCAUGAUUUUCGUCCUGAUUAUAUCAAAAUUGGUACAUUAAAUGAUCGAUAUCCUCGUGUUCCAUUUACAUUAUUAACUGCAACAGCAACUCCACGAGUUCAACGUGAUAUGCUUCAUCAAAUGAAACUUGAUAGACAUUUAUCAA